AUAGGGAGAGGAGUCAACGGACAGCGCCGGUCUGUUGGGAGACGUAGCAGCCGCGGCGGCGGAAGAGGCAGAGGCCAAGGCAGCAGGACGGCUAGAUGCAGGAGGCAGGAGCCGCCCUACAGAAGCAGUGCAGAGCUCUGGCAUGGGACUUUGCCCUGGCUGAACAGAUCCCGCAGGCCAACCGCACAACAUGGAAGACUUUUUGCAGCGCACCAAAACAAAGCUGAGUCGCAAUAAACAUUUGGAUAAAGUACAUGUAGUCCUUGGAAAGAAAUCCUGUGAUUUGGAUUCACUUAUUUCUGCUUUAGCUUAUGCCUACUAUCUUGAAAAGGUCAGUCCACCUAACAUCGUAUGUUUGCCAGUACUGAAUAUAUCAAGAAGAGAAAUCUGCUACCACACAGAAACUAGAUUUAUUUUGGAGGAGCUGAAUAUCCCAGAGUCUCUCCACAUCUUCCGUGAUGAAAUAAAUUUGUAUCAGCUGAACAGUGAAGGGAAAUUGUUUCUUACACUGGUGAACAGCAGUACACUGACAAGUGAAGAUAAAAAUUUAGAAUCAGCUGUUGUCAAAGUCAUCAUCCCUGAAGAGCAAAAUGAUGGCAACCUGGAGUUGUUAGAAUCUGCUUCCAGUCUUGUAGCAAAAGAGCUUCUCCAAAAGGCACCAGAGUUAAUCACUCAGCAACUGGCUCAUCUCCUCAGAG